UGUAUUGCUAACUGUACUUGGUAUAUUUUGUUUGUAUAGUAUGAUGAGAUGAGGACGCUGAGGGACAGUCAAGUCUGCGUCUGCGACCAGCGGUGGCGUGAGUUGAGCUACCCUCCCGCCGCGGCUCAGGAUCAGCACAGCUUGGUAUCCCAUGCACAAAAUCUGUGGAACGAUUGGGAGAUCCAAUGCUUGGUGUUGGUGAGCUUCUCCCUACAGGUCUUCCUCCUCUUCUCCGCCGUCUUCCGGAAACUGUACCGCUCCGUCGUGCUCAGCGUGCUGCUCUGGCUCGCUUACUUAUCAGCGGACACUGUGGCAGUCUACCUCCUCGGCCGCCUCACGCUACUUGUGGGUGAUGACCCGCGCCACCAGAUAGUGCUCUUCUGGGCUCCAUUCCUGCUGCUCCACCUCGGCGGGCAGGAGACCAUCACAGCCUUCUCCAUGGAGGAUUGUGCGCUGUGGAAGCGUCACCUUCUGAACCUGGCCACCCAGGUGUCGCUGGCCAUCUAUGUCGUGUGCAGGCAGUGGCGAGGAGGCGACAAGCAGCUGGUGGCUCCCACGACGCUCAUGUUCAUCGCUGGGAUGACCAGCUAUGCCGCGAGGAUAGCGGCACUCAAGAGAGCCCAGCCAACAUCAUCGAUGUCGUCGUCGGAAAACAGCAACUUUAUCAAGUAUGAAAUGAUUAAUUACAAUCACGAGCUAGCAUGCAUCAUUUCACAUAAGCAAGAGAGAGAUUUCGAGAGAGUCAUGGAGCUGGCCACCAAUGGCUUCAGCCUAAGCUUGGAUUUCUUGAUGGACGUAGCGAAGAAAGAUUAUCUCACAGCUCCCACUUCUUUAACAGAAUCAUUUUGGGGAUCUGUAGAAAUAUUUUUGAGAUGUCGAUCUUCAGACACGGACGACAUGUUAUUCAAGUUGGCUGAGAUCCAUCUCUCAUUGAUCUACGACCACUUGUACACCAAGUUUGGAGGAAACCUCAUGGCAGCGUGCUGCCGCCUGACCACAUUUGCCCUAACAAGUAUUGCCCUCGUUCUGUUUGUUGUAUCCACCAGGCUUGAUCACAAGGGGAACACCUACUAUAAGACAGCUGACAUAACCAUAUCUUACAUAUUACUUGUGGGGGCCAUUGCAUUGGAGAUAUCAUCUGUCUUGCUGUGGCUCUUGUCAUCGUAUUCACCAUGGAAAUUUCUCGGAACCUCGUCUGUUGCAGACAGCGUAUUGUACAGCAUCAUCAAAUGUCUCAGUCGUGUAGAAAGCAGAGUGGAGUGGUCAGGGAAGAUGCAACAGUUGAACAUGGUUGACUGGUGCAUCCAGGAGAGACAAACUACUGCAGGAUGGCUGGAAUGGAUGAAGCGUCGUGUCGGCAUUGAAGGACGAGCCUGCACCAAGCCUGUCGAAGUAUCUGCAGACCUAAAGAAUCUAGUCCUUCAUAAAAUGCUCCAGACAUUAGAUGCCAUUUCAUCUAGACGAUCGGAGUUGGACUUGACCAAAUUCCAUGGCCAGUGGGCUCAACUGUGGGUCUAUCCUCACUUAUUCAGCCAGAGCAGGCUGCCCAAAGUAGUGCAGCUCGUCAAUAACCUCAUCGAGGUCCUCGGGAGAACAAAGAAGAAAAAAGAAAGCAGUGAAGCACCACAACGAGCACCUGAGAUGAUCAGGCUGACACUGACACCACCACUACUACUGCUAGUAGUAGUAGUAGUAGUAGUAAGGAUUAUAAGUUGAAAAGCUCGAUCCGGGAGUUAUCAAAUUACGUCAUGUAUCUUCUUGUCAAGUGCAAAGCAAUGGUCACUGUGUACGAUAUUGACAGUCUCAAUGGCAUUCGACGGACAUUGCUGAACAAUUUGGAUAUCAUAAUUUACCAAAAAGUUGAUGGGAGGCCUAUCCAGAAUAUCCACGAUGUUGUGUUUUCAGAAGCUAACAAAAUCUCACGGGAGUUCCUUCGAAUAGGGGAGGAGGUGGGUCGCUGGGACAUGAUCGCGAUGGUAUGGGUGGAGAUGCUCUGCUACAUUGCCUUUAAUUGUGAUGCCGCUUUCCACACUAAACAGCUAUGUGCUGGUGGGGAGUUUGUCACCCAUGUCAAGAUGCUCCUCGUGAUUCUAAAUUUUUCAAUUUAAACACGAAUUAUGAUCAAUUCUGUAUGUAAUUGAUAUUUCCUCCACUCAUGAUACAAUAAUA